AUGGCCCCGCUGCUGCCCCUGUGGCUGGUGGCCCUGCUGGGCCUGGCCCGGGCGUGCCCUGAGCCCUGCGCCUGCGUGGACAAGUACGCCCACCAGUUCGCCGACUGCGCCUACAAGGACCUCCAAGAGGUGCCCACGGGGUUGCCCUCCAACGUGACCACCCUCAGCCUCUCGGCCAACAAGAUCAGCUCGUUGCAGCAGCGUUCCUUCGUGGAGGUGACCCAGGUCACUUCCCUCUGGUUGGCACACAACGAGAUCCGCUCCAUCGAGCCCGGCGCCUUCGCCAUCCUGGUGCAGCUGAAGAACCUGGACAUCAGCCACAACCAGAUUGUGGACUUCCCCUGGCAGGACCUCUACAACCUCAGCGCUCUCCAGCUGCUCAAGAUGAACAAUAACCACAUGGCCCUGGUGCCUCAGGGAGCUUUCCACACCCUGAAGGACCUCCGCUCCCUCCGCAUCAACAACAACAAGUUCACCUCCCUUGCAGAGGGGAUCUUCGACUCGCUGAGUUCCCUCUCCCACCUGCAGAUCUACAACAACCCCUUUGACUGUUCCUGCAAGCUCCAGUGGUUGAAGAAGUGGAUGGACAGCACCCUCAUCUCCAUCCCUGAGAAGGACUCCAUCACCUGUGCCCUCCCGGAGCAGCUCCGAGGGGUGCCGGUGGGGAAGGUCCCAGAUGUGCAGUGCACCUCACCUACCGUGCAGCUCACCUACUACCCCAACCUGGACACCACGGAGCUCUUUGAUGGCUUCACCCUGACGCUGCACUGUGCUGUGACGGGUACUCCCACCCCCCAGGUGAGCUGGAAGAUCCGCACCUCCAGCCAGACCCUGGAGCUCGACGGGAACCCGAAGGAGACCACUGGGAAAGACCCCCCCAGACAGGACCCCGAGCGCUUCUUGGUCUUCAAGAACGGCACGUUAGUGAUUCCCCACCUCAGCAAGAGGGAAGAAGGCACCUACUCCUGCCUGGCCACCAACGAAAUGGGCAGCAACCAGACCUCGGUCAACGUGGCCGUGGCGGGCGCCCAGAAAUACCCACUGCAGCCUGGGAGGGACCCACUGGGGGGCAAAGCACAGCCAGGUGACAAGAAGCCUGGGGCCAAGGGAGCCAAGAACAGCGUGCUCAUGCCAGAUGAGAGGAACAAGCUCCUGGGCCCCACCCGGCAGAGCCAACCACCCUCAGCCACGGGGACGGAGUCCGCAGGAGGUGAGCAAGUCCCUUUCCAGCUCCCUCCCUUUGAGAAGAAGUGUGGCUCCAGGCCAAGCAGCAAGUACAUCUCUAACCACGCCUUCAACCAGAGCGGGGACUUCAAGCAGCACACGUUUGACCUGGGGGUGAUCGCCUUGGACGUGUCGGAGCGCGAUGCCCGGGUGCAGCUCACACCUACCUACCUGCAGCCCGAGAAGCUCCACCUCAGGAUGCUCUACCUGUGCCAGGAGAGCAGCCAGGGCCACGCCUUGGUCCAGUGGUCCAAGAUCGAGGAAGGGGUGAACUCGUACUGGUUCCAGGGCUUGAACCCAGGCACCAACUACUCGGUGUGUCUCACCUACCUGGGGGAGGACUGCCAGGUCCAAGUGGUGUUCACCACCAAAAAAGAGAUCCCUUCUCUCAUCAUCAUCGUGGUGGUGAGCAUCUUCUUGCUGGUGCUGGCCACCUUACCCUUGAUGGGGGCCACGUGGUGCCACCUCCUCUCCAAGUACCACGGGAAGACCUACAAGCUCAUCAUGAAGGCCCAGAACCCGGACCAGAUGGAGAAGCACAUGGCUGCUGACUUCGACCCCCGCGCCUCCUACCUGGAGUCUGAGAAGAACUACAACCCCAGCGAGCUGGGGGAAGGGGACGCCGAGGAAGAAGAAGACGACGACGACGACGAGGACGAGGAAGGAAGGAGGAAGAGGAGGAGGAGGAGGAGGAGAGAAGCCGAAGGGGCUGCGGAGCUGGAG